GGCUAAGAACCUCUCUAAAUUUCCUCCUUAAUCUCUCUCUAAAGUUCCAUCCCCCUUUAAUUAGGGUUAGGGGGUGUUAUUUAUAAGAAACUAAGCAAUUUGGGCUGAAUUAGGACCUCCACACCCACGCUCGGCGUCCACGCUCGUCAAGCGUGGUGUCCGAGCGUCCGAAGCAAAACGCGUGCCACGGCACCACGCUCGGCGUGCGUCCCUGCACGCUCGGCGAGCGUGACUACAAACUUGCUCAAAAAAAACUUUCUGCCUCGCACGCACGGCGAGCGUGCCAGCCACGCUCGACGAGUGUCAAAAUUCCGAAUUUGAUUUUCCUUCCUUCAUGAAACUUGUAGAUAAUGAAUUCCUCUAUCCACCACAGCUUUCCGAAAUGGACUUGAAUCAUCCAAUCACGAGAUAUGAAUAAAAUGGUGGAAUGUCUCAUUCUGAAAUCGCAACAGGGAUCAUCUGACUUCGUCGUCUGUUUUCACCUUCGUCUUUUACGAUUCUCGGAAUGAUGUCUUCAUAUGAUUUGUAGCCCUUUAAGUUAGCUUUCAGAUUCAACUUGAAUCGUGUCGUUUGGAUUCUUCUACAAAGAUAUAUGCUUGAACGAUUGACAGAAGGGCAUCCUGAACACCGUUUUCAAGCUUUCUUUGUUUUCUUUUGAUCCCGUAGCCAAUCCUGGAGCUCUUUUGUCAUCAAAUCUUCAUUGUGAACCUCCCGGUGACCUCCAAACGUCUUGAAUCAAUCUUGAAUGCUUCUCGAAUCAUCCCGUUUGCUCCUCAAGCGCCGGUGAUGGGCUCAAAUUCCCUGAUUUUGACUCCAAAAGACAUAAAACUCGAACCAACGCCUGGUAAACAUCACUUGAGCUAAAAUUGAGACUUGUGACACAAAAUAAUUAGGGAAACCAUCAAAAGUCGAUCCCAACACGCAUCAAAUGCGUGUCUAAAUACAGAUUUAUCAGACUCGCAACACUUUAAAGCUAGGAAACCCAUCAAAAUCCAAUCCCAACACGCAUCAAAUGAGUAUCUAAAUAUGGACUUAUCAUUAGCCCAGCCCAAACAACCAUAACCGAAAACCAGCCUGCCUUUAUUAGCCUUCCCGCCCCUAUUUAUAUCUUUAAGUACCCACAUACUACUCUAUUCACUCCCGCCCCCUUUUUCCUUUCCUUGCAUACACUUUAUUAUAAUACUCCACACCCCUUGACCUAUCAGAUUUUUCUAUCAAUUCUUGUUUCCUUGCACCUUCCAAUAUAAUCUCUUUGUAAAAUCUUACUAACUUGAUCCUUUGGUGAUGUUGAGUAAUUCUUGCUCAUAUUAAUCUAAACUAAAUAAUUAACUUAAAAUGGGAGAAUAAAUGAUUUGCGUUGUAAAUGCGCAAUUACUACAACAAUACACAGUAAAAACUAAUUAAAAGUAACAACAUACAUAAUGGAAAUUAAAAUACAGAUUAUCAAUCAUCGAGGUCCCAAACUACAAGAACGAAAAGCAAAGGAAUGUGCUUUCCCAUUUCUUCUUCUCAUCCAACCUGAUCAAUAAUUGCACCAAAUCAUACAUAGCACAAAUCAGAACGAACAAGUUUGUUAAUUAGUUACCCAUAAAAUGAUAGAUAUGGUAGUAUCCAUGGGCCUUCAAUUCAUUUUGGAAAGGACAAUCUCUUUUAUAGCCUAUGCGAAAACCUCUUCAUUGGUAAUUGGUUACUUGUUGGAGGUCUUCUAGUAGUUAGGAACGGUAGAAGUCUAGAAGACAAGAGGAUGUAAUAAGAAUUGAAUUAAAGGAAUGAACCAUGCCUUUAUUUGUAGUGUUAGAAGUAUUUAUCCAAUGUUUGUGAGAUAACAAUUAGCUAAAAAUGAGAGAAUUGAAUAUUAUCAAAUGUCUAAAAUGCCCCUAAAAUUUACCUCCUCUUGCCUCUUGUUCUACGCAUUGAUCUAACGAGCACUCAUUAGAAGAGUGCCCCUCUCAUCUUCUACAACCAUGGAUGUGAAGUGAACUAUCAGCAGCCAUCGAUCUCCAAUGCCCGAACCACCUCCAUCGCAAUCACGCCUCAUUGCGCAUCGUGCAAUGGGCGAUUGCGAGCAAAUAUAUCUCUCAGUCUAUGGCAAGGGACGACCAAUCCUGGAAAAGACAUCAUGGCUAUUGUUAGUGACGACGAGAGUCCUGUGAGGGAGACGAGACUCUGAAAAUGAGUGUGAGACUAACGACAAUAACAUAUCCAAAUUCGGCGAUGACGAUUUUGUUUUACUGUCCUAUAUCUUCUUCUUCUCUGAUUUGAAUCACAUUCUUUACGAUCGAUUAGGGUUAAUCCAGUAGCUCAAGAACAUGAGAAGUUUGGACGACGUUUCUAUGAAUUAUGCCUUCACCGACAUUUUAAAUUUUGCGGCAGGUAUGGUUAGUUACAUCUUCGCGGUGGCAGCAUUAACUUUUUUAGAUAUGUGAUCGCGAUGGAUAGGGUGAUAGGUUGGUGGGGUGGUGUAGGGGGCGACAGUGGCCAAGACAGAGCGGCUUCAGUGCAUGUGGCCAUGAUAGGGGUGCCAGCGGAGUCUGGGUCAUGAUAGUGUCACUGGCGGUCCAAGUGUAAUUGUAACGGGGGGCAGGGCGACAAUCGAGUCAGGGGUGGUGACAUGUGACGGGGGUGGGGAGUGGUGUAGUUACUAUCUCUCUCAUUGUCUAGAAGUUCUGAGCACUAUCAAUAGCAAAGUCUCUAUAACUGCCCAGGUUGUCACUGACGGCUAGGAAUGUUAACGAAGCGAGCUUUUAUCGAACUAUUCGAGUUCGAGCUCGGUUUUGAACCUAACGAGCCGAGCAUAGUGAGCUUUCAAACACGAACCUUAGCUGAAUUCUAUGUUCGAAAAAUUAAACGAACUGAGCUCGAACAUAGUAGUAGUAUUCGGCUCGGUUCGAACUCGAGCUUAUCGAACACCCUGAAAUUAUAAAUCUAAUUUAUAUAUGUCAAAAUUUAAAUAUAAUUAGUAUUAUUUUAUGAAUUUAAAUAUGAUUAUUAAAGAUUCAAAUACUUGUUGAAUCAUUCGAGCACGAGCCUACUAACGAGCAUCACCUAAAAUUAUAAAUUCGAGCAUAUUUAUCGAGCUUGUUGAGUGCUCAGUUCGAACAUCGAACGCCUAUCGAGCCGAACAUGAGCCUCAUUUGUAAAGCUCGCCGAGCUUCGAGAUCGAACCCGUACACCACUAAUUCCUUAUCGAGCCGAACUCGAGCUUUGGUUGUUCGUGCUCGGCUCGUUAACAGCCCUACUGACGACAAUGGUCACUAUUCGACGGCGGUGAUCACUCUCUGACAGUUGGUUACUGGGGCAUUUCUCUAUGGUCAUUGGGUGGUAGUCACUAUAGUUUGAAGAGUAUAAAAGUCACCUUAGUCUUUUUUCAGAAACUUCUAAUUAGUUAGACCCAAUUGAGACCUUAAAUUUAUAAAUCAAUUAGCAAGAUAGGCUCCAUAUUUGAUCUGUUAUGUCCUGUAAUUGCACUUAGUUGCAUUCUAAAAUCUAUUUUUGGGAUAUAUUAUCCCAGUCCACUACUGUUCAGGAGCCCAACGCAGUACCCCCACACAGAUCCUAAAUUGUGAGGUCCAUUUAGGCUCGUAGGGCCCGUUUUGACCCAUUUGGUUCAUUAGGAUAGAUUAUCCCCCUUUCCACAUUCUCUAUAAAUAGAAAGCUUUCCAUCAUACUUGAGGUGUUGGAAAAGAAAAUAAAGAUUGACGGGAUCAGGUCAACAUCAUUUCCCAAAUUAGAAGAUACUGAAACAUAAAGGGACGAGUGAAGUAAGGACCAAGCAAAGGAAUUCCAGCCAAUAACUUUAUUAGUUUCCAUAUUUAGCUCAUAGUCUUUCCUGUAUAAAUAGGGCCAUUGUACCAUCAUUGAAAGACAAUUCAAUAUAUACGAUUCAUUUACCUACAUGGUAUCAAAGCUUAUGGUUCUGGUCUCAUCAUCUACCCACUAGAACAAAAACUGUUAACGAAUCCAAGCCACCAUGGCAGAUGGUAACGGCGGCUCGGGAUUGGAGAUUGUAACACAAUUAGCCAAUCUGUUGCAACAGAAUAUCAACCCACAAUCGUCAAAUCCCAAACUUUCCGAUAGCCUUCAAAUAAACAUCAAAUUAAACAGCCAAAACUACGCUCUAUGGACUCGGAUGAUCUGAGUUGCCAUAGGCGGAAAAUCAAAAAACUUGUUGAAACAUCUUACCGAAGCACCACCAGAAAAAGCCACAACAGAAAAAUAUGAGACAUGGGAACAAGAAGACCUGAUUGUCUCCUCAUGGCUCAUCCAGAACAUCGAGCCCAACAUAGCCGGCAACCUGACCGAGUACCCCACUGUGAAAGCAUUGUGGGAUGCCCUGGUGGUCACAUACAGCAGCGGCAAGGACAAACUUCAAACUUUUAACCUCCACGUCAAAGCCAAUGAGAUCCGGCAGAACGAUAAGUCCCUCGAGGAGUUUUGGAUCGAACUCCAAGGUGUAUGGGGCGAAAUUGACCGGAUAGAUCUGAACCCGAUGAAGUGCAAAGAUGAUAUUCAGGCCUAUACCCAAAUACGAUCGGAACAAAAACUGUUCCAAUUCUUAAAUGGGAUUGAUCGAAAAUUCGAACCAAUCAAAAGAGAGGCUCCCCGGAUCGACCCGCUGCCCACUGCCGAAGCCGCAUACGCCAUGGUACGCAAAGAAGCCGCUCACCAAGUAAUCUUGGGAGCAACUCAUAGCGAAACCCAUGGGGUGGCUACCGGAUUGGUUGCCGGAGAAACUGAUGGCGCUGGACUAGCAACCAAAAGCUUCCGCAAGUUCGAUGGUAAAAAGAAAGCAACCACAAGAGAGGAUAAAUCUCACCUCAAAUGCGAGGAGUGCAGCAUGAGCCGACACACCAAGGAUCAAUGUUUCGAGAUUAUCGGAUAUCCCGAAUGGUGGACUGAUGGGCAUAAAACCGCAAGCAAAAAAGGUGCCAAGAAAGAUAAGCCCUCCCUCUCUCCUACCACUCGACGAUCGGAAGGUGGCUUUGGGGGUAUAGCAGCGGCGGCGGCCGGAGAGAAAGGGGGAGGAUUUCACGGUGGAAGGUAAAGGGGAGGAAUGGGUCAAACCCUUCGAAUCCCCCAUUUUUUCUUUUGAUUGUGUUCCAAAUGCAAUAGCUCACAUGGCCCAAACCAACCUCACAAAUUCCCAUGGCCCAUGGAUUUUUGACUGUGGGGCCACCGAUACAUUGUCAUAUGAUUAUUCUGAUUUUUCCGAAACAACCAAACCCACAAAAACUCACACCCAAGUUGCAAAUCGGGAAAAAUUAGAUGUCAAAACUGGAGGGACAAUUAAAAUUUCCCCAAACAUAAAACUUCGCAAUUGCCUCUACGUUCCAUCUCUGUCACACAAACUUUUGUCAAUUAGCCAUGUGACAAAAGAACUUAAUUGUUCUGUUCUAAUGCACCCAACCUUCUGUCUCUUACAAGAUAUCAGGACGGGACGGAUUAUUGGGCGUGGCACUGAGGAAAAUGGAUUAUACUACGUUGAUGAGGUGGUUCAAGAUGGUACUGUGAUGCUGGCUCAUGGGACUACUGAAAGAGAAGCAUGGAUGUGGCAUCGAAGAUUGGGACAUCCCUCUGUUAGUUACUUACAUACUUUAUUUCCGAAGUUAUUUCCUUUGAAUAAACCAAGUACUUGUGAAACAUGCAUUUUAGCAAAAAGCCAUAGACAACAAUUUAAACCCAGUAAUACUAGGGUCGAAACCCCGUUUUCUUUGGUUCAUUCUGAUGUGUGGGGUCCUGCCCCUGUGAUCGGAGGUCAAAACCUCCGAUAUUAUGUAAUCUUUGUUGAUGACUGUACUCGCAUGACUUGGAUCUAUUUUCUGAAAAGUAAAGAUGAAGUAUGUGAUAAAUUCACCAGUUUUUAUGCCAUGAUUCAAAACCAGUUCAAAACAUCCAUUCAAAUUUUUCGAUCUGAUAAUGGUGGAGAAUUCGUGAACUCACAAAUGAAACUCUUUUUUCAAUCCAAAGGAAUAAUCCAUCAAACCUCGUGUCCCCAUAACCCCGAACAAAAUGGUGUUGCAGAACGGAAAAAUCGACUCCUUUUAGAAAUGACGAGAGCACUCAUAAUUGAGUCACAUGUUCCCAAAUAUUUCUGGCUUGAAGCUCUUGCCACCUCUACCUAUCUGAUCAAUCGCCUUCUAACCAAAAUUCUGAAAAUAAAAACCCCAUUAGAAACACUUUCUGAACACACCACAAUCCCUCAACCUCUCACACUUCAACCAAAAGUUUUUGGGUGCACUGUUUACGUCCACGUUCCCAAGACUCACAGAGACAAACUUGAUCCAUGUGCUGAAAAAUGUGUCUUUGUGGGGUAUGGGGUAAAUAAAAAAGGAUACAGGUGCUAUGACCCACAAACACGCCGCAUGUUCACCUCCAUGAACUGUGAUUUUCUUGAAACAAAGUACUACUACUCAGCCCAACACAUGGGUCAGGGGGAGGAACAAAGAGACACCCUGAGUUGGUUGAGUCAUUCUGCUCCUAUUGAAGAUGAUGUCCAAAAUCACAGUGUUGAAGAUGAUGUCCAAAAUCACAGUACCACAUCAGCUGAAGCUCCAAAAGCAGAUGAUACCAGUGCCACCCCUGAGAAUCCUCCUCCUGAAAUGAUAUCUGAGGUAAGUAAUUCUCAACCAAACAAUUCGAAUGAAAAUCCUCAAUCAUCAGAAAACUUGGAUAGAAAUAAUGCAGAUGAUAUCCAAGAUACUACUUCCGAAAGUGUGCAGGAACAUGAAGAGGAUACAACACAAGGAGUACGAGUUCUUCCAGCAAGAUCAACCAGGGGAAUUCCAGCGAAACGAUACUCUCCAGAAAAGAUCACCAAAGGAGCCAAGUACCCGAUGGCCAGCAUAGCAGAGGGAAACCUGUCAGAAAAUGCAAAGGCUUUUACUGCAAGCCUGUAUUCAGAGGAAAUUCCUUCAAGCAUGGAACAAGCCUUAAACUCUGUAAAAUGGAAAAAAGCUAUGGAUGAUGAGAUGGAGGCACUAAAGAAGAGUGAAACAUGGGACAAGUGUAAUAUGCCCCAAGGGAAAAAGGCAGUAAGAUGUCGGUGGGUCUUCACAGUAAAAUACAAACCAUAUGGGGCAGUUGAACGAUAUAAAGCACGCUUAGUCGCAAAGGGAUACACUCAGACCUAUGGGAUUGAUUACUCAGAAACCUUUUCUCCAGUAGCAAAAAUGGACACAGUGCGAGUUCUUCUGUCCGUAGCAUCUAACCAAGGUUGGCCACUUCACCAGUUUGAUGUAAAAAAUGCAAUCCUACACGGAGAAUUAAAAGAAGAAGUGUACAUGGAAGCUCCUUCUGGUUUCCCAGAACAGUUCAAACCUGGAGAAGUAUGUCGAUUGAAGAAAUCUCUGUAUGGGCUCAAACAGUCUCCAAGAGCCUGAUUUGGUAGAUUCACAAUGGCGAUGAAGAAGUAUGGCUUCAAACAAAGCAACUCAGAUCAUACUCUGUUCCUUAAAAGGAGGAAAAAUCUCGUAACCUUUUUAAUCAUUUAUGUUGACGAUAUGGUGAUCACUGGGAAUGAUGAAGAAGAAAUAAAAAGACUAAGAGACGAGUUGUUUAAAGAAUUUGAGAUGAAAGAUCUGGGGAACCUGAAAUAUUUCCUUGGAAUUGAAGUCCUAAGAUCACAAAAAGGAAUAUUCAUCUGUCAGAAAAAGUAUAUACUAGAUCUCCUAGCAGAAGUAGGAAUGGUCAAUUGCAAACCAGAUGACACACCGAUGAUGGCAAACCAAAAGCUGUUUAUGGAAGAAAACGUUGAACUAGCUGAUAAAACCAGGUAUCAAAGGUUAGUGGGAAAACUGAUAUAUUUGUCACACACUCGUCCAGACAUUGCAUAUGCUGUUGGGGUAGUAAGUCAGUUCAUGCACCAACCCCAGGCUGCCCACAUGGAUGCAGUUAUAAGAAUUAUCAGUUAUCUCAAAGGCACCGCAGGUCAUGGAGUACUGUUCGGAUCAAACGGACAUUUAGACAUUCAGAUUUACACAGAUGCUGACUGGGUUGGAGACAAAGGGAAAAGAAGAUCGACAUCAGGAUACUUCUCUCUCGUAGGAGGAAACCUUGUUACAUGGAGAAGUAAGAAACAAAAGGUGGUUGCACUAUCAAGCGUUGAAGCUGAGUUCAGAGGUAUAGCCAAUGGAAUAGCAGAAGCAUUUUGGAUAAGGAAGCUUGUUUCUGAAAUUGGUUUUUCUCCACACAAAAGCACUCAGAUUAUGUGUGACAACGAAGCUGCAAUCCAGAUCUCCGAAAAUCCCGUACAACAUGACUGAACAAAACAUGUGGAAGUUGAUCGACACUUCAUCAAAGAAAAACUAGAAGCCGGAAUCAUCGAACUACCGUUUGUGAGAUCCACAGACCAACUGGCUGAUAUGCUGACAAAGGCCGUAGGAACUGAGAUCUUUUACAAGUGCCUUGGCAAGUUGAAUUUCGGAAAUCCCACUAUUCAACUUGAGGGGGAGUGUUGGAAAAGAAAAUAAAGUUUGACGGGAUCAGGUCAACAUCAUUUCCCGAAUUAGAAGAUACCGAAACAUAAAGGGACGAGUGAAGUAAGGACCAAGCAAAGGAAUUCCAGCCAAUAACUUUAUUAGUUUCCAUAUUUAGCUCAUAGUCUUUCCUGUAUAAAUAGGGCCAUUGUACCAUCAUUGAAAGACAAUUCAAUAUAUACGAUUCAUUUACCUACAUGAGGGGGGCUUCUUCUUCUCCGCUUCCCUCCUCCUCUCUAGGGGAGAGCCUCUCAUCCAUGAGCGAGUGACGGACUAGACGUGGAGAGGCUUUCUUUCUGAUGUUAUCAAAGAGGUCGUGGACUACUAUUGGAGGUGCACCUCUUCCGGAUACGAGAUUUGAGCGAAGAGGUUUCCAAGGUUGUCAAUGAGGUGUCAUCUGGAGAGCCCCUCGUCCAUUGGUGAGGCUUACUUAAAGUUCCCAAAUUUUAAAAAUGACAUAAAGAACAAUAAUAUAUCUCAAAGUCAAAUUGUAU